AUGAUGGGAAAACACUUUCCUAAAAAUGUUACAAAGAACAUUUCAGAACUUAUUAAUGGUGAAUUGAAUUUAACAGCAGCUAAUGGUACACGAAUUGCGUAUAGUGGUUGGACUGAGAUAGAAGUUAGAUUGGUUUCAUCAAAAGAAAAGGAUCCAUCGGUUAUGGUUCCUUUCUUAGUAACAAACGACAGUUUAGAAUAUCCCAUUCUUGGAUACAAUGUUAUUGAAGAAUUAAUCAAGCCGACGAAUACAUCUGAUAUUCAGUCAGCACAUAUUGCUACAGUACAAGCAAGUUUUCAAGGUUUUGAUGAGAAAGUGUUGCUCGAAUUGGUUAGACUGAUACAGACAGCAAGAGCAAAUGAAUUAUGCACGAUUAAGAGCCCAAAGAAAGACUUUAUUAUUCCGGCAAAGAAAACAUUUAAAGUUACAGUGUAA